AUGGCCGCAUCAGAGCACAUUGAUGAUGUCACUCAACACCGUAUUGAGGUCGCAGAUGUAGAGGAUCUCAAGUAUCGGAACAAUUCCAAGGAUGGAGAUCGAGCCGCAAAUCUUAUCGGCGACCAGCAAGUUGAGCUGACCGAGGAAGAUGACAAGCAUAUUCGCCGCAAAACCGACAAGCACAUUCUCUCCAUCCUCGUCUGGGUCUACUUCCUCCAGAUCCUCGACAAGUCCGUUCUCGGCUACGGCGCCAUCUAUGGCCUCCGCCAAGACUGCAACCUUACCGGCAACCAAUACUCCCUCGUCAGCUCCAUGGCCCCCAUCGCACAACUGGUUUGGCUGCCCUUUUCGUCAUGGCUCAUCGUACGCGUACCGCACCGAAUCCUCAUGGCCGUACUCAUCUUCGGCUGGGGAGUCGCACAGGCGUGCAUGGCCGUGUGCAACGAUUAUGGCGGUCUGCUCGCGACGCGAUUCCUCCUUGGGCUGUUCGAGGCGGCGUGCCUGCCACUGUUCUCCGUCAUCACCUCCCAGUGGUAUCGCCGCGCGGAACAGCCCAUGCGAGUCGCCUGCUGGUACGGCACCAAUGGUUUUGCGACUAUGAUUGCAGCGGCCUUAUCAUAUGGUCUGGCCCAGAUCGAGAGCCACCUCCCUCCGUGGAAGAUCCUCUUCCUCUUUGUUGGUCUUGUUACCGUCGUCACAGCGCCCAUCGUUUAUUGGCUCAUGGAUAGCGACAUCCCCUCCGCCCGGUUUCUCAAUGACUGGGAGAAACUGCAAGCGAUCGAGCGCCUUCGUGCCAACCAAACCGGUACGGGUAGUCGCAAUUUCAAGUGGGAUCAGGCUUUCGAAGCCUUGAUUGAGAUCAAGAGCUGGCUUUUCAUUGCCAUGUCGCUUUGCCUCAACGUCACUGCAGCAGUCACCAACACUUUUGGCCCUCUAAUCAUUGCUGGUUUCGGUCUUGAUAAGCACAUUUCCUCACUCCUCAACAUUCCAUUUGGAUUUGUGCAGCUUAUUGUGAUCCUUCCUGCCUCAUAUCUCGCACACCGUUUCCGCAUCAAAUCGGCCUUCCUCAUUGCAGCUAUGCUCCCGGUCCUGGCUGGUGCCAUCAUGCUCUACAUUCUUCCCCGCGACCACAUUGCCCCUCUCCUGGCGGCCUACUAUAUGCUCGCCUUCCUUUUCGCCGGAAACCCCUUGAUCGUAUCCUGGAUGAUCUCAAACAUCGCUGGCACCACAAAGAAGUCCGUCAUCAUGUCCCUAUACAACAUUGGUUCCUCAGCCGGGAACAUUAUUGGUCCUCUCCUGUUUAACUCAAACGACGCGCCGAUGUACAAGCCCGGAUUGACCAAGACAAUGGGUAUCACCGGUGCAAUGAUUGCUACUAUUAUUCUCCAGGCUGUGAACCUGUUCUUUCUCAAUAAGAUGCAGGAGCACAAGCGAGUCGCAGAUGGCAAGCCAGCUAAGAUUCACGAUCUUAGUAUGGAGCACCGGUAUAUUAAUAGUAGGCAAGAUUCUAGUGAAGGUCCUCAGUUGGGAGAGAAUGCGUUCAAAGAUCUUACUGACUCGAAGAACAACGAGUUUGUGUACAUUUAUUAG